CCCUGCCUGCCGUGGGCACCGGGCCGAGGGGUCCGCGGGGGGGGUUGCGGGGCAGGAGCGGCCACAGCAAAGCAGUGAGUGAGCUGCGCUGGGUGUGUCGGGGCGAUGCUGAAGGGUAAUGCAGUUAAAAGCAUUUAAGCGACAAGACACGACUGGCACGUGCAAAUAGGUAUAACCUGGCCUUGGCUUUUGGGGAGUAUAAUUGUUUCUGUGAUUUUAAAUCUAUAUUUACAAGCCAGAAAGUUUCGUGAAUUUUUUGUUUAUUUCUUUGGUUGGUUUGUUUUUUUAAUUUUUUUUUUUUUUAAAUAUGACCCUAAUUUAGUCUCAGUAUUUAGGGAGGGGCAGCAGUAAUAAUGGGAUUUCAAUCUGGAGUAUGAGGAAUGGAUGUCAUAGACUUACAGAAUAGUUUGGUUUGACCCUUAAAUGCCAUCUAGUCCAUCCUCCCUGCAGUGAGCAGGGAUAUCUUCAACUAGAUCAGGUUGCUCAGAGCCCUGUCCAAUGUGACCUUGAAUAUUUCCAGAGAUGGGGCAUCCUCCACCUCUCUGGGAACCUGGGCUAGUCUCUCACCACCCUCCUUGUACAAAAUUUCCUAAUUAUCUACUAAAUCUAAAGUCUGAGUCCUCUCUAGGUCUAAAUCCAUGUGACUGAUAUUAGAGUACAUUGCCAACAUGUUCUCUCAAUAGGGAAAUAUGCUUCUAAACUUUUUUUUAUUCAACAGAUGUGUUUCUAUUUUUAUAAAUUUUUGGAAACAUGAGCAAGGCUGAUUGUAGAGUAGCAGCCUUUUUGAGGUAAUAGUGAAAUAUUGCACUUCCAAAUUCUAGUGCUUGAGGCCAUAGUGGUAAUAUGCUGCAGAUUCUUCUUAUUACUGUGGGAGAAAGCACUGCAGUAAAGUUUAGUUCUAUACUGUUAUGUCUGUUUCUUGAGUGCAAUAUACAGGCAGAGUCCUAAACACUGAGAAAAUCUGAGCACAUUGAUAGAUGCCUUUGAUGUGAUUAAGACAUUCCCAGUAAAUUAUUCACCAGAUGGCACAUCAAAGGAAAUUACUCAAAUUGCAUUUCAGAGCUUCAGCUAAUCUCUGAAGUGUGUGGGCUACCAUCCAGGCUGCAACAUUUUGCAUGAGUUAGUUGUCCUGUAUCACCUUGUCUAAAUGUGGUGAUUUUCUCUUCUUUUGUCCUCAAGCAGUACCAAAAACGAGAAGGGAGGUCAUGAGGGAAUGGUUUUGAAUUGUUUGUCUCCAGAUUCGGGGCUCCUGACUGUUUGUAGGAGACCAACGGUGGCAGGAUGUGACCCUGCUCUGAUUCCAGUUCUCUUGGUUGUUGUCCUCUAUCAUCCAUUAUCUUUCUCUGUUGUGCCCAUAGCCUUCCUACCUUCUCCCCAUAUCAGGGGAAGGUGCCUGGGGCUGAUGCUCCAAGGUGUAGACGGAUGCUGUACGAGUGAGGUGAACUUAAUGUGAUGGGAUGUUCCUGAGGCUCCAUCCACAUUUAGAAGUGCUGACACCCUCCUACUCUCUCCAGCUGAUGGUAACAAGAGCCCUCAUGGUCUUAGGAACAGAAAAUGUUGAUGAGUUUGAAGGAGCCAAUUGACCUGCAGCCUCAGCUACAUGGGUUUGGAUUGUUAGAUCUGAAAUCCAUCAACCAUCUAGUCCCAGCAAUUCUUUCAGGAUUUCUCAGGGUUUACUUUGCUCUAAAUAUUUGUUUUGCUGGACUGGGAUCCAGCUCCUCAUCUCUUCAGCGUUAUCUACUCCUGAUGCUCCCAUUUGGACACUCAGUUCAGCUUUUCUCUCAGCAUUUGGAUAGGAACAGCCUUCCUUUUACGUACCAGUAAGUGUGCAUUGCACAGUGGAGGAUGUACAUCAACCAUUGUAUGUCUGAGCUUCAUCCUCUGUGAUUGGAAUCUGGAGUGGGUAGGAUCUAACACCAUCACUAACACAAAGCCCAGAUUGACACAGCCAUAAUGCGUGACUCAUUUGUGAAAUUUUGCCAAGUGCUGGGGAGGCAUUAUCCAGUUUAUUUCUACGCAUCUCUCUCUUUCAAGAUCUGUUUAAACACUUUGCAGUAUGAUUUGCAGAAGGAUAAAAGUUACUUAAAUAAAACCAGCAUGUACCAACCUGCUGGUGCUGUAAGGAAGGUGGAAUAUUCAUAAUAUUCAGCCUUUUUUUUCAGGUAGUGGUCUGUAUCUGUUGUGGAGGUCCCAUCUGACCUCUUCCUAUUUUGCGGGUUCCUACAAGCUUAAAAAUCACACUUCAAAAGUGAAGUAAAUUUUGUUUGACUCAUAAUUCCGCUUUACUGAAGGUGGAUAGAAAAGGGAGUGUUAUAAAACCAGUUUGCAUUUCAAGAGUUACUGUAAUUGUUUAUCUUCUGAUUAUUUUUUUUCUCAUGCUAAACAAGGAAAAUAGGUGAGUCAGUUUUGUUUUCAUUUGCAACCACUUUUCCCUUCAGGCUUGCAGUGUUGACAUGUUUGAGGGGGCCUUUUUUAUGUGGUGUAGAACUGGAUUCGCUGUGAUCACUUUGGCUUCAUCCAGCAGCCUCUGAUUUCCUUGUUUGUGUACCAGUUGGCUUUUGAAAAAGGGAUGUCAGAAAUUUUUGCCUCUCCCCUUCACGCCCACGCUCCCCACCCAGGUCUUCCUUGCAGGAUCCAGCUGGUUCAUAGGAGACAUGGAUCUGCACAGAGUUACUCUUGGGGCGGUUUUACUGAACUAUAUAUGGGCAUAAAAAGACACACAGCUGCACAUCCGUUACCAGUGCAUGCAGAGGGAGUUGGGAGCACAGUCUCCCCAUUCUGUAAAAGCUGGGCCUGAAAUAGGUGUGUCUGUUCAGCUCAGCUGGUUUGUAUGCUGGGAAGUGCUGUGUUUUUCUUGGUGUUUGAGCAUGGACCACAAAUGCACAUGAUGACCUGAACUGCUGAAACUUACCUGCGUUUAGUAUUUAGUAUUACUAUCUUCAGUUUACUGGGAAGAAGUAAUGAAUGAGUACUGAAAUCUAAGGAAUGACCUUAGAAACUUUUAAGAAGUGUUUUAGUGACUUUUAUGGUAGUGGUGCCUUAGGCUGGGACUCGUAUUAGCUUUGCAUGUAGAUCUAUUCAGAGUUUAUCAAACAUACAAUGUUUAUUUUGCUACCACAGCCACUCGUACCCUCCAAGCAGGAAAGAGACUUUUGGUGGUGUAUUUUAGCUACCAGGUUGCUGUUCCCAGAGCUCUUCUGAAAUGAGACAGAAUCUGCAGCAGAAAGGGUCAUUUGUUUUUGAAAGAAGCUGCCCCCUUCCAAAAAAGAGACUGAAAGAUGGAAAAAAACCAUGUCAAGAUGUCUUUAAAGAAAGAUGUCUCCAAUUGGGUUUCUCCAAAAGCAAAGCCUUUCCCUCAUUGGGACUUAUUAAAAUAGAGACAUUUUCUCUAAAGAAAAGAAGAGCACAAAGCCUCCCAUCAAAGCAGAAUUUCAAGCAAUUUAAUUCAGGGAUAGCAUUCUUUCUGCAACAGGCACUGGAUGGUAAGGAACAUCACGUUUAAAAGUUCAUACCACAUGCCUUCCACGUUUGAGGAGCUGUGUCUGAAAUAAAUCAUGCUGAUUUCCCAACUGAAAAAAGUGCCCACAAGGCCAUAAAAAGCCUGAGAAUUGCCAUCUAUAUUUAAUUAGCUGAUUCGGUUCCUAAUCCUAUGCACUGGGGUUUGAAAAGUUUUUAAUUUACAUAAGCAGAGACGUAAAAAGAACAGUGUUAAGUUGUGGUGGCAAAUUCAGUCCUCUGCCAUAUUCCAGCCUGCGGGAGAGCAGUUCCAGCCCUGUGGGUAGCAGUGGGGCUGAGCUUCCCCUGCCCCUAUUCUGCCACAUCCCUGACAUCUGUGCCAGGACUCCAAGGGUUCAAAGGUCACUGAAAGCCUAAAAGGUCACAAAGAGGUCAAAUGACACCAAGAAGUCAAAGGUCAUCAAAAGGUCAAAGGUCACAAAAGGUAAAUGUGAUCCAGAGGUCACAGGUCAAAGACUUUUUCUGGGGGAUGCACUUUCUAAUAUGGCUGAUAUUAAAGCCCCAGUAAUGGAGAGAAGAGCCUACAGCUCACCCCAUUUCAGUUUUAUUUUAUUUGAAAAUGUUGCUUGUUCCCAAGCAAUCAGGCCAGCUAGUGCUGUCACACAGUCUGACAUGGGUAUGGGAUCAACAGGAAAUGACUGCACGAGCAAGCAAGCUUCCACACAACAUCUGACCAUACAAACGUAUCAAUUCAAGUGUACAAAACCCACAGUUCCUCUGUCCUUGCUCUUCCUAGAAAUUAAAAUAUCAAUAAGAAUGAUGAUAGACUCUUGCACAAUAAUGUGCCCUCUGGAGUUUCAGUUAACAGAACAAUUGCCAGGUGCUGUUUGGAAUGAAGCACUGGAAAGACAGUGUCUCGGAAGUAUUUAUGGUCCUUUCAAUUCCAAUUCAAUUUUGAUUCAGAUUUCAAUUCAAUUUCAAAUGUCCUUUAGGCAUUUUCUGUAUUCAGAUAAGAUUUUUUUAAAUCACAAAGAAAAUACCAUUAUAUUUACUGUGUGGUUAUCUGUACUAAUAUGACUUAAAGUGAUUUAAUUUUCUUAAGUAAAAUCUUGAGUUCAUUUUGGUUCCUACAGCCAGGGGCUUCAAUGCACCUCGGAACUGGCCUUUUUGCAGGAACCAGAAGCAAAGUGCCCAACGCUGGGCGAUGCAGUCAGUAGUUCUGUGUCCACCUCUGCCUGCCAAAGAGCUACUGGGAUGGGCUGCUUGGUCUUUAAUCUUAACUUACGAUUUUUCAGGAACGCUAAAUCUGGGGCACUUUUCUGCACAUAAUGUGGUAACUCAGAAGGAACACAGAGGGAAAGUAUACUAAAAAAAUACCCAGACCAUGGAGCACCAGUACACAGCAUUUCUUUCAAAAGGAGGAAAACCAAAACAAAAUGAGAGGAGGGGGAAGAAAAAGCCUGUUUGUGCAAUAAAAAGUGUUCUUUUUUAUUUUCUGUUUACUAUUAUACAAUGGUAAUAAAUUCAAACCAACAAGGAGACCUCAGCUCGGAUUCAGAAGAAUACUGACAAAACUUAGUAGAAUGCUACAAACAUUUCUGGAACCUGAAUGCAGUUGUUUCUAGUCCCUGAGAAAACUUGGCUCUGCAGCUUCUCGCACUGAUGUCACAUAUUCCAUAUACCAAAUUCUUUCUCUGCUCAGGGUACCUGCACCCCAAAUACCACAGAGUAACACAGAGGACAGUUCAGACUUGCAUCUUUAAUGCCAUCUGAAAGUAUAUUGAGUUUAUUGGAUGUUUAGGGUCAACUUGCUUCUAUUCCUUCAUGCUCUUUCCUCUUUUCUGAUACUCAUGUGAGCAGUUAAUUUUCACCUUUGCAUUACAUGUAAAGGUCUGUAGGAUCAGCUAUUGCUGCCCUGGGAGAAUGAUUGGCUGGAGAUUUCUGCAGCUGGGCAGGACACUGAAUGGGGGUAUUAAUGGAGCUUUCAUAGCUUGCUGUAGAAACAGGCCUUUAUUUAGAUCUAGUAUUUUGUGCCAAAUGACCUAUGUUAAAGCAAUGUCUUGAGUAGUGCAAAGUGGGUAGUGAGUUUUUUGUCUUUCAAGGGACAAUUUUAUCUUUGUUGUUAUAAUAAAUGCUACCUUUUGCAGUGUUGAGAGCAAGGUGAUGGAUCAUCUUUAAUACCACUUUGAAGGCCCUGCCUGUGAGCAUGUGAGGAAGUUCUGUCAAUGGUUUUAUGCACAAAGAAGAUUCUUUUCAAAAGAAGGCUCUGAAGUCAAUGACAUCACAGGGGCUAAAAAGUGCAGUGGACUAAAGAUGUGUAUGCAGGUAGCAAACAAACAGGUGACACCACACUCUGGGUAAUUUAAAAUUUAACAGAUAUACAUCCUUGGAAAAAUUAAAUGAGUAAAAGGCACAGUCCCUGGGAAAUAUUAUGCUCCUGCCACUGUCACAUCUGCAGUGGAAACUUACACACACAAUUUGAAAGAUAAGUAACAGUUGAUAUGUAAAAAGAUUCCUGAAAACAGAUGUUUUCACGUGCAUAUCUCUCUUUCAGGCAGCAGAUCUUGAAGGCUGUGUGCAUAGAUACUUCUUAGCUCCAUCUGAGGAUGGGAACUGAAAGAAUGUGUCUUUACCUAAGGAUAAAAACGUAUUGUAGCAUGUUGCUUUCUCUCUUUUUCUCAAAUUUCUUACCCCCAGAUGGCUGCUAACUCUAUAUAACUUACAUCCAAGGAUCCUCCCACAGGGAGCAGGAACUGAGCCCAAACUGAUCUCAUCCAAAUGGGGCUGGGUCCCAUCUCCAGACUGAUGAAUGCCUGUGUUAAACUCAGGAUGAUGCCUUCAAUGACUGGCUCCAUGACUACUCCGGAGAAGACACCUCCUUCACACUGCUCAGGUAGAUAAGAUGGAGCCUACAAAGUUUUCUCUUGUCACUGAUUUCACCUUGAUGGAGUUGAGCUUUAGCUCACUGUCAUUGGCCAGGUCUGCAUGUUGCCCUUCUGCCCACCUACAAGAAUGGAAAGACUUCAACUGACCUCAGCGGGAUGAAAUGAAGAAAUGAGUUACUGAGGCUCCAGUAAGCGUUCAGGAUCGUGACAUCCAAGAGAAGAUUGACUUUGAGAUGCGGAUGCGCGAGGGCAUCUGUAAACUGCUGGCGGUGAGCACGCAGAAGGACCAGCUCCUGCGCGCCGUCAAAAGCCUGAUGGUCUGCAAUGCUCGGAUACGGGCGUACAGGGCACAGCUACAGAGCCAGAAAGGAGAGCCAGACCCAUGCAGGACUGCAGAGCAGUCUUCAGAAAAUGGGACAAAAGACAGGGUGGCAUGCAGAGCAAAGGUUGCCAUAUCAGAUAUUCGGAUACCAUUAAUGUGGAAAGGCUCUGAUCACUUCAGCAAUAAAGAAAAAUCGCAGCGCUAUGCAGUUUUUUGUUUGUUCAGAAUGGGAGCUGAGGUUUUUGAUACCGAGGUGACUAUUGUGGAUAAAGCAAUAACAGAUAUCUGUUUUGAAAAUGUGACCAUAUUCGAUGAAGCAAGACCAGAUUUCCAGGUGAAGGUUGAAGUGUAUAGUUGCUGUACAGAGGAGUCUUUAUAUAUAACAAACACUCCUAAGAAACUAGCAAAGAAGCUUAAAACGUCCCUCAGCAAAGCUACGGGGAGGAAACUCAAAGCUACUCUGGAAGAAGACAGCACUGAAUCCCUUUUGCCCGCUGACCCAGUCAUCCAUGGAGCAAAGUACAGUUUGCUGGCAUAUACCACUUUGGGGCUGGAGAGUACCGAGGACAAUUUCAGGACUCACAACCUUACCAUUACAGGAAAUGAGGAAUCCUCUUUUUGGCUCCCCCUGUAUGGAAACAUGUGUUGCCGUUUAGUUGCUCAGCCCUCCUGCAUGACUAGGGAUAUGAUGGCAGGAUUUCUAAAUCAGCAGCAAACAGUAGGAGAUCUAACAAGCUGGCGGAGGCUGUAUUGCGUACUAAGAGGUGGCAAACUCUUUUGUUAUUACUCACCAGAAGAAAUUGAGGCCAAGCUGGAGCCAGCAUUGACAGUUUCCAUCAACAAGGAAACCAGAAUUCGAGCUGUGGAUAAGGACUCCAGGAGGAGAACUAAUAACUUCUCUGUUAUCAACCCUGUGUCUGGAGAGGCUGUGAUGCAACGCUUUGCUACUGACAGUAGGGAUGAACUUCACAAGUGGAUGGAGGCUUUCUGGCAGCACUUUUAUGAUCUGAGCCAGUGGAAACAUUGUUGUGAGGAACUUAUGAAAAUUGAGAUUAUGUCACCACGGAAACCACCUUUGUUCUUGACAAAGGAAGCGACCUCCGUCUACCAUGAUAUGAGCAUUGAUUCUCCAGUGAAACUUGAGGGCUUAGCUGAUAUCAUACAAAGGAAAAUUGAGGAGAGUGAUGGUGAGUUCCUUCUUGGCCAGCGAAAAGAGUCUGCAUCUGCCCUAUGGGCUUCACUCUUUGAUGGAUCUCAUGAGAUGACUGUUCAGAAGAGCCUGCCUCUGGACCCAAAAGGAGAUACUACCAGUCCUAAUGACAGCAGAGGAAAGAAAAGAAGAGCUCCACCUCCACCCUCUGAUAAGUCACCAUACAGUGCAAAAGCACAGGUGAACACAGAGCAACUGGGCAAAGAAAACUGGGGGAAGCUUGACCACAAAUCUGCCAGUAGUUCUUCCCUUGAGUCAGCAUUGGCCACGAAAAUGCAGCAGCUGCAGACACCUGUUGCUGCUCCUCGCAAAAUUGGUCCUUGUAGAAAAAGCAGUUUAGCUGGUCAGGGGAAUCCCAUUUCUCUGGUUAGCAAGACCAGGUCUGAAACCAAACCAGUACCAACCCCUAGACAGAAAGGCAUCACAGAACUACUAGAUCCUAGGUCUUGGUUGCAGCCAUAGAUGACAUAAUUAACUUAGAAGAGUCCUUGGAAUUUAAAGUUUCUCAGCCUUCUACUAAUACUCUUCAGUAAAAAUAGAUUUUAGCAUAUAGCUUUUAUGUAUUGAGGCUACAGUGUUUUUCUGUUUGCCAGGGCAUUACCAAUAGCUGCAGUCUCAGCUGUGCUCAUUAGCACUCACAUCUAAAUAAUUGCACUAGAACAGGGGGAAUUCUCCCUAUCUGGAGUAACGGUGCUAUUUAGGAAAACAGUGGUUUGGUACUUUCCUCUUGAAGAACCAGCAGUGUUCAGGGUAACUUCAGCAUCCCCACAGCACAGGUCUUACCGGUGCCUUCUACCAGUCCUCCAGCUUAGCCCACCUACAGCUCCUGAGACUACUUCAAGUGGGAUUUCACACACAUUCAUCACAGAUCUUGCAAAGCUGAUUUUCUUGGGCUCCACACUUGGCUCCACCUAAAAUAUCCUUAUCUCUCCCUCAUUGUUUGGGAACAGCUGCUUAUAUGGUAAUCUACCAUGAAAAGUUACUGUGCUGUUCUGAGCACUCUAUAUGAAUUUCUGAAGCAGUUCUAUCAAUUACUGUGGGAUUUCCCAAGUUCUUGCUGGUUCAUGUGCUUUCCAAAUGGGCCAGGGUUAUCUGUCUGUGAGCAAGGAUAUGAUCCAUCACUGCUGCUUAUUUCAGACUAACACUGUUUAAAAGCAGUGCUGUGUAUGAGCACUCAGGAUUUCAUCUCAUGGUUGUUUUUCCUGAUCAGUGUGGCUCGGUAGCACCGCUUCUCCUUUGUGGAGCCCCUCAGCUGUUCCUGGUAGGGAGCUGGUUUGUAAACAUGGCAACAUUACUGGUAAACAAACAGGGAUUUUCACCACUUGUCCUUUCUGCAACAGCAUGGAAUAAAUACCUCAGGUGAAAAUACUGAACGCUGAUAUUCUUCCAUCAGACUGUUCACGGUUUCUGUAAGAAGCAUGGGUUGUCAGGGUUCCUGUGGCACCUGCAAAACAUCUAUUGCAUACGGAAAAGCUGUGUUCUCCUGGAUCCACAGCUUAAAUAUCCAACCCUUUCCUUGGCUUAUACCUUUAUCGCAGAUGCUGGAACUCAUCCAAGAGCAAAGGUCUGCUUGCAGAUCUCUCUCUAGAGCCUUGGUACUCUGAUCUGUCUUGAGAGGGUCAUAUCAGCAACUGUAUACAUACAGUUCAUUAGUUGUUUUUUUUUUUCUAAAGCAUGGAUGGCUUUGGGAGUUUUACCAUUUCUCCAGAAGGCAGUGUGGGCAUGGUUGGUUGGUUUAUUUUAUCUAUCUUUUGUCUUCUGCUGAGCUCUUGGCUGCAUAGCUGUAAAGGUAUCUGCUGAAUUCCCCCAGUAGUUCAUUGGCUAUUUGGGAUGGGGCUUGAGAGGCAGGUUUCAUUUACAAAUCCUUCCGCGGGAUUAGAGCCCUUUGUUUCUAGAAUGUCCUUGUUCAUUCUUCAUUUAAUCACAUUCCAUUUCCCUCUGAAACAACCAUAAUCAUUCUUACAAUAAAUCAUGCUGUUACUUAAGUGGAUGGUUUGUGAAUGGUUUAUAAAUAGGGACAGAAAAACUGAAGAAUAACUACAUGAUUAUGUAAAUCAGGCAGUUGACUAAGUGGACUGUACAACUCUGAACAAGGAAUAGGAAAAUAAACAGGGGGAGAAAGCAUAUUUUCCAAAAUGCAGCUUAUUUAGCUUUAAAUCUAGUCUUCAAUGUUGCUGUGCUCGGAAAGAAAAAAAUACCUUUUUCUUGGUAACCCUCUUCCAUUUAGUGGUUAUAUUUAAAAAUAAAUCUCAUAAAUAUAUAAGGCAAGAAGGCACCAUAAUGAGGAUUUAUUUUUAAAUUCAACAGGCCAUUGAAUUUCAACGAGCAGUUUCUCUAUUAAAUUCAGUGGCUUUGUUUUGAACUGAACAUACAUAUUUUAGCAAGGCAUUUAAUAUUAAUUUGAAGUCUUCAAGUGAUGAGAAUUCAGUCAUACCUCCUGUUGCAAUAGUUAAUUACCCCAGGUACAUUUUUCACUUGAUUUUCUAUUUGCAUUUCUAGCUCCACCUUAAGUUAUUUUGGUCUUUUUAUGCAUUUGAUUGCCUAUAUUGAUCUCUGUAGUAUCAGCUUUUCUAAUUGCUUGUGUGUAGCUGUAAAUCAUGAUUAUGUCCCUUUUAACCUUUUCUCUGAUGAGACGUACUGAAUUCCUUAACUUUCUUGUGGCAGUGAAUGUUAUCCAAGACUAAUUAAUCUUCACGUUCUUCUCUGUACUUCUCGUGUAUAGAAAUAUUUUUAAGGGUGGCAUCUGAAUGAGAUGCCACAUGUCAAUAGAGAUCCAUCAGGACUGUAUAGAGACACAACGUGAUCCUCUUACUCUGAUGAAUAUCUCCCUCUCCUCUUUCCUCAAAAAUUGCAUUAUGCUCUUUUUUUGUGGAAGCAUUGCCUUGGAUGCUGACUUUUAUGGCUCAAGGCUUCUUCGGAGUCUUUCUCAAGAAUGCGGUACAUCAUCCUCUUAUUAUCCUACCUUAUAUUUUCUUAGAAAUACACACUGUAUUUUACCACAUUAAAAUACUGCUUAUGAAGUGAUCCAGAUUGCUCUGUGUAAGUGACCUGUCCUCGUUCUUUACUACACCAGCAGUCUGCAUGUCCUUUGCAAAUUUAUUGCAAGUGAUUUUUACAGUUUCUUCCAGAUCAUUGAUUUUUAAAAUUGAAGGCAAGGUUUGUAGAGAGAGUGAUAAGUUUUUAUUACAUCAGUGACAUGGAUAAGGAGGUGGGGAAAAGCAAACAAGACAGGCCAUGGAGUUGCUUUUAAUGGAAAACAGCUAUAAUUGUUGCUGAAUCCCUAUUAAUACUGUAUUUUUAAAUUAUUUUUCUGUCUUCAGCAUAUUAAUUUGAUCUAGUACUGAUAUUUUAAAGCAAAUUACAUGUUCACAUGUUCAGUAGGUGACUUAGGGUUCUUGUGGGUAACAUUUCAGUGCAGGUGUCUUUGCAAGCCAAGCUUACUAUAUCGAAGAGUGAAAUGCAACCUGUUGCUCAAGACCUGUUCUCCAUGACGCUGUGUUUAUUUAUAUUUUAUAUCUCUCCUUAAGUUGGGCUCAUGUGGGCUAGUUCAUUAUAGUGCUGUGCUCAUCACUAAACAAACUAGGCUAUUAAUUACCCUGCUCAUCCUGCUUCAGAAUUAUAUGAUCCCUAUUAUGAAGCAACAGUUGACUUCAGGUUUCAGUAUUUAUUGUUGCUGACUUAGUCUUCCUUCUGUUUUUCCCUCCUUCUUAUUGCCAAUAUUGCCUUUGCAUUUUCUGUUAAGCAAGAUGGUUUAACUAAUAAAACCUGUGGGCUACCAGCCAACAAUGGUCUUAGCUGUACAGUAAAGUCAGUUUUAGGAAAUACAUUUGUACUUAACUUUUGUCUAUGCAGUAGAACAUAAAUAUUAGUAAUAAAAGAGGAGCACAAUUUUAGGAAUAUAAUUAGAGGAUACAUCUGUGAGGAAAGUUGAUGUUUUUUGUCUUUUCCAUAUAGUUUCAAAUUGUAAUACUUUACUACUGGUACUGGUCCCUUAUCAUUGUAUAGACUUCUUCAGAAAUUAGAACUAUCCCUUUGUGUUUUUUCACAAGUUUUCCUGACUGUAGUGAGGAUGAAUAUUCAAAACAGGCAUUAGUACCAGUAAGUUGUUUGUGCCCAGCACUCUAUGAGGAGGAAGCCAGGUCUGUGGCAGUGUGGUACAGUGGUGGUUUAAAUUUGGUGCUGAUUCAGCUCCCAUGCUGUGAGGUUUGAAGGGUGAUGGUCACUGAAUCCCAUCUUUUGGCAGCACAUGGAGCUAGGGAACUGUUGGCUUUUGUCCUUCCAAGGGGAAGUGAGGGGAGUCAAGAGGCAGAAGGUGCCUGUUCCAUAUGGGAAAUGCUACUGCUGGGCAGUGAAAGAGAAUGUAACCAUUACACCAUCUUAUCAGCUGCAAUUAAUCAUGAGGGUGCUUUGACUGCAUGACUCAAAAUAUCAGAACCCAAAAGUCAUUUGAUAACACAUGUAAAUGAUGCCGAAAUAGGAACUACUUCACAAAGGCACAGGAGACAUUAGCCAGCCUCCUGUUGGGACAAGGCUUGGAGGACAGCAGGAGACCUGUGGCUUCUCCCAGCCCUUGCAUCCCAUUCCCGUGUUCCCAUUUGUGCAGGCAAGCUGGAGCACUGCUGCCUGACAGGGAAUUCCAUGGAAAAACGGUAUUUGUUCAGAGACCCUGAGCCCAGAACACAUGGCUCAAGAGACUCAGUGUAGCACAGGGAAGACACUGGUGGCAUCUGCUGAACUACACAUGGGAUGAGGUACUUCUGUGAGGAACAUGUCAGGCCUGCUCUGAAAACUGUACCUGCUUGUUGGCUGGUGGAAUGAGUUAACGCUGCUUAAAAGCAGAAUUAAGUGGUGGAAUUGCUGCCUUGAAGUCGGACAGAGACAGGAGUCAGCCUGAACUCCUCUUUUAGGAAAUACAACUUGAAAGUAAUUGCUAGUCCAAACUGGAAUAUGAAUUUUACAGAACAUGAACAACUUUUUAAAUAUUGACUGAAUAAAGACUUAAUGUGGUAACUUCUUAUAUUUAGCUAAUGUUUUCAGCUGUUUACUUGGUCUUGGAAUGGUAGAUGGUACCUUUUGUGAUUUUUAAAGGCAUUAGCUUCAAAUGUUUACAUUUUUACUAGUAUUGUGAUUUUUUUUUCUAUGGUAAUAAAACUAAUAGUUAUUUUAUGGUGGUUUGUACAUAUUUGGAAAUGCUGUCCUAGUAUUCUGAGUUGAUGUGUAAUUAAUGCAGAUUGCCUUAAUAGAAAAAUGCAGAUUUGGACACUAAUGUAUUGUGAAAUGUUAGAACAGAAAUCUUCCUUUUUAUUUUUUUGCUAUUAAAAUAUGUAAGUGAAAUUAAAAACAUUUCUAGAAUGAAAA